GCUGGUGGCGCGGCGUGGUAGUGUGCCUCCGUCCGCGACGCCGAGCGCCGCGACGCCCGCGCUCUCACGGCGUAAACAAACCUUAAACAAUCACUUAUCUCGCCGCGAUUAAACGAUAUCACUAUCAGACCGUGAUAACUCAGUGUGAUAACAGAUAAGGACCCGAGUGCUCUACCUUCACUUUUGUGUAUUAUGUAAAACAAGGAUUUUGUGAACCAUGGCAGCGACGACGGGCCGCAAGAGCUACUCCAUUCACGAUUAUCCAGAACACCUGAAUCCCUUCCAUGAGGAAGACAACCACAACAAAAUCCGAUUUUGGACCAUCGGCCGAAAGCUCAGCAGGACGAAUAGCAUCAAUUUUUCUGGGAUUAAGGACCUGAAAAAUUCAUGGUCACUCCGGUCGUUUAUGAGAAAGGACAAGAAGAAGCAGUCGCAAGACAGCAAGCUCAACCAUCAGGUGAACGGCGACAGCAGCCCCGUGGUCUACCGCCGCGCGCUGCAACACACAUCGACGUCAUCAGGGGCGCGCAGCACCGUCGGGUCCCCGGAGCACGCGGACCGCUACAUCUACGGGGGCUCCAUCACGCCGCUACCGCGCUCGCGGUUUCAGGAACGCUUGCGCAGCCCUAGCAACUAUGAGGUCAACUCACUCAGCACGACACCCCGCAUGGCCCGCAGCGAGGUGUCGGGCUCCCGGCUAAGCGUGGAGAGCACGAACCCAUUCGACGAGGCCCCGAUACCGCCCGUGCGCGCCUCCCGACGCAAGAAGAAACGCGCGCCGAUGCCGCCACAAGGCGCGGCCGAUACCUCCGCAAGCAGCAUAAACACCACAUUGAACAUCAGCGAGGUCGAAGAAACAGCUCCCAAGAAGGAUCCGGAUUUGGAAGCUGAAGAUGUAAACUUAAACGUCGAACUUAAAAUAGUUGAGGACGAGGAAAUGAAAACCAAAGAUAAGGAAACAGAGAAACCUCCAGAUGUCGUUCAAGAUACAAUUGUAGAAGGUGUAAAAGAUUCCACAACCGAAGCUGUCCUUAAAGAUACAACGAUAGAUAUUUCAAAAGAUACUACCGCUACAGAAACAAUACAAGUUUUAAAUAAUGAUUCAGUCACGGCACCCGUUUUGACCCAUCAGGAUUCCGACGAUGAUGUCGUGGUUAGGAGCGCAGAAAAUGGUCUACACGAGACCAAAUUGAGUAACGCGGAUUCGGAAGGCGACAUUCUUGAUAAGGUAUCAUUCCCCAAAGUUGACAUUACCAAAUAUAGAAGAAAUUCCAGCGUCAACGAAGACGAAAUCCGACUCAGAAGAGGUAACUUAGAAGAUUACCAUACUCUCGCAAAUAAGAGAAGCAAGAGUCUCAAUAACACCUCGGACCCAGUCUACGUGGCAUAUGACAUCAACCUUAAUGAAAGCAGAUCUGACAGAGAUCUAAAUGGCAACGACGAGCCCCAAAAAGUAAUUUGUAAGCUUUAUGACGGAACGGUGAGAAAACAAAGUGUCGAUAAUUCUAUUUCCAGUACUGAAAAAGAAUUUAUCGAAAUCGAUAGAGCUACAAGGGAGCUUGAAAGGGAAAUCAGUAAGUUGAACUCGGCUUUAAUAGACGAUGAAGACAUACUGGGUGCGCCUCGGUUGUCUGUCACUGAUAUAAAGCGCAGAUUUGACAACAAUAAUUCCUCGCCCCCUAAUCCCAUACCAAAGCCUAGAAGAAGUCAUUAUGGGGGUAACUCGCCUGACCACGUCAUCUAAGGUUAAGAGUAUGUUUUAACAAUAUAAAACGCAGUAGUUACCUGUGGCAGCAAUGCUAGUGGUAUUUUAAUUCUCAGUAGUAAUUGACCAAUAUAAUCCGGGAAUGAGAUUGAAGAUUAAACGAUACGGGAGGCUGUUUUAAAAAUUCUUGCAACGUGCCUACAUAAUACAAGAGAGGAUCUCUUUCUACACAAAGAAGUUGAAAAGACACUUUGCAUUAAUUAGAGAUUAGGUACAUGUGUAUAUAAAACGACUCCCCAAGAAUUACAUUUACGGUUACCACCAGUAAAUGUAAUUUCACCGAUGUUGUACCAGCCGAGGAUACACCGGUUUCAGUUGGUUGUAGGAACUAAAUACUGUCUACUACUGGGAAUAACUCUUAUCUAUACAACUACAUUGGGGAAAGUAGUUACUAUGUACUUUAUGGACUUGCGGUUAUGAAUUGUCAUAUUUGUUACAUAAAUUUUAAAUUUACUUAAUGUGCAUUCAAAUUACACGUUUUAAAUUAAUAGUUUUGGAUCUCACAUGUCAAAAUUCAGAAUGCAGUAGUUUGUAGGUACAUAUUUGAUAGACAGGUAUGAGCUAUAUCAAGAGAAAUACAGAAAGACAAGAGUGCACUCCAUACAUGUUUUGGUACAAAAAAGGCUAAUAUUUUUAUAGUCGAAAUCUAGCAUCGAGUAGCGGAAUUAUCAGCACUGCGAAGUAGCAGUAGUAGUUCUGUCAAGUGACCAUAGAUGUUGCACCAACCGGAAAGUCUUAUUUUGUUGAGCAUUAGACUUUCCGGUCGGUGCUCCAUCUAUAGUCUUAUUGGUACCAAAACUGACGUAUGGAGUGAGCAAUCUAUGUAUUUUUUUCUCUAUGGCUAUAUUAUAAUUAUCACAAAUAGUGAGAACACUGGCUGAGGGUGGAAGUUUUGCCAUAAAUAACUAUAUUAAUAUAUCAGUGUAGUGUAAGUUUUUCAAUGUGAUAAUUUCAUUUCCUAUAAAUAAUUUUAUUUAUGUUGAUUUAUUAAAAUUAAUAAUGGUUGGCUGGUAGAAACACUUGUUCUAGAUUAAAACGUAAUACAUAUAUCAAAAGCAAACUGUUUUUAAUGUUGCUCGUUGUUUAAUAAAUUAUUAUUUUAAUAGUGGUGA